AUGGAAUAUAUUUCGAUUGAUUCACCUAUUCAAUUAUGGACAAGUGUAUUUCUUGAAUUUGAUUUUGUAUUUGAUAAAUUAACACGUAUUUAUACAACAAUUAAAUCUAGUACACCAAUUAAUUAUGCAAAUGUGAGACGUGUUUUUGAUCCAUUUUCAAAAUUAUUAACAUUUAUUUUACAAAAUGAAACAUUUCAAUUAGAACAUAUUAUUCAAUUAUGCUCAAUAAGUAAUCGAACAUUUA